AUGGCGCUCAUGAUUUACGCCGGGCAGACGGAGGAGUUCUUCAAGCAGGCGGCGGGAGCAGAGGACUUCGUGACUCCGCAGAUGGCGUUUAACGCCCUGGCCGACGUCCUGCAGUCUCUCGGUGAUAUUAAGAACGACAAGAGGUGGAGCCGGGUGCAGCCGCCGGAGACUUUUGGCCGGAGAAGCGUAAAGCAGCAUGAAGCAACUGAGACGCCACACCGGAUGAUCAAUGACCUCGAGGUAAUCCUGAUUAUUGACCUGGGCAACAUCCAGACUCCUUCGGGCCAGUAUAGAGACCAAGAUUGGAAGAGUAUGCGAUCGGAGGCUACACCAGAGCGGCCAUCUGCUUCUAUCUCCACCAGUGAGGGCUUCUAUGCCACUCUGGGGGGUGUCCAGAGCUGA